AAAAAUACAUCUGUAGUAAAGUUGUUAAUGAGAGAUAUGCAAUACAUAAUUAUGGCCUAGAAUUUGGGAAUUUUAAAGCUGAUUUGUCAUUAUUUAUCGAAGAUAUUGAAGGGCAUUAUUACAAGAAAAGAGAAUUAGAAAAGAAG